GAUGGAGCAUCUCUCUGCUCCGGUGCGUCGCGCAACGUCACUCCUCUCCACAGCUCAGCACCAGAAAUGUGGAGCACCGGCGUGGCCAUUGCGUCCAUUUACGGUGUAAUCAGUGUUUUGGGGCUCGUCGGCAACAUUACUCUUAUCAAGACGUUUUGUUCAUCUAAAUCCGCCCGCAAUGUGCCAAAUCUGUUCAUGUCGAGCCUUGCGCUCGGGGAUGUGCUGCUGCUGGUGACCUGCGCUCCGGUUGAUGCGAGCCGUUACCUGUCAGAUGAGUGGCUGUUCGGGAGAGUGGGCUGUAAAGUCAUCCCGUUUAUUCAGCUCACGUCGGUCGGGGUGUCUGUUUUCACGCUCACGGCCCUCUCUGCAGACAGGUACAGGGCCAUAGUGAAACCCUUGGACAUCCAAACUUCUGUCACCACAGCCAGCAUCAUCCUGCGGGCGGCCUCCAUUUGGGUCUUCUCUUUGAUUCUGGCCAUUCCUGAGGCUGUGUAUUCUGACCUCCACACCUUUAACAUCCCCUCCACGAAUGAGAGCUUUGUCACCUGCGCUCCCUAUCCCCAUGCUGGAAAACUGCACCCUCAAAUACACUCCAUGGCCUCCUUUCUCAUUUUCUAUGUCAUCCCCCUGCUGGUAAUAUCCAUGUACUACACUGUCAUUGCACAAAGCCUUAUAAAGAGCGCGUCAACUCUUCCUGUGGAGGGAAAUGUGCACAUGAGACGUCAGAUUGAAUCAAGGAAGCGUCUGGCUAAGACAGUCCUGGUGUUUGUUGGUCUCUUUGCCAUUUGUUGGCUUCCCAGUCACAUCAUCUACUUGUAUCGUUCCUACCAUUAUUCACAGGUGGACACCUCCAUGGUUCAUUUUGUAUGCAGCGUCGGGGCUCGGAUUCUGGCUUUCACCAACUCCUGCAUCAACCCAUUUGCCCUUUACCUACUCAGUGAGACCUUCAAGAGGCAGUUUAACCAGCAGCUGUGCUGCUGCUGUCAUUGGAUCCUCAAACACUCCCCACGGAGCCAGACGCAUUUUAACAUACGUGUGACCUCCAUCCACAGCACGCAUCACUCCAUAGCCAGCCUGACCACAGUUAAUGGCAAGCAGAUCUACCAGGAAGACAGUGUGUAAAGUCUAGUAUGGACUGCACAUGUCCAUAUUUCUGCUCACAACAUCGUUUAAUGUUGUCAAAAAAAUACAUGUCCCAGCAAAAGAUUUUUGACAUGAAGAUGGCGUUGUUUAUUUCUGAAGUGAUUGUUAAAGUGUGUAAAAGAUUUUCACUAAUGUCAGUUUGUAUUUUCAGGCUGCUUUAUGUAUAGGCUUUAAAAAAUCUAUGCUGCUUUUUUUAACCUAUAGCUUUAUUGACCUAAACACUUGUUGGUGUGUGCUAUAGUAACUGGUUUGCAGUUCAAAACGGUGUAGUUUGGUGCUCACGCAUAUAGAUAAAAACAACGAUGGUAGUAAUAAAUGGUAAAAGUUAUCAUAGCAAUGAGUUUGGCAACGUUUUCAGAGUGUUCCACACUGUGUUUUUUAAAGUCCUUAAAUAUUUAACUCUCCUCUGUGUGGCUUCUUGUUUGUUACAUUUAUUGGUUUUAACUGCAUUAAAAUUGAUGAAAUUUGUGUUUAGGUUUGAAAAUUCUAGAUAAGAUUUUAAAUGUUUACUAAAUGUACUUUCAAGUCAUGUGACAUGCUUAAUGUGAAACAAAACAUAGCCUUUCUCCUUCUUUGCCUUUCAACCCACAUAAGGGGUCUUCAAGUGAAACAUCUACUUCCAUCUAACCCUCUCCUCUGCAUCCUCCUCACUCACAUCAACUCCUUUCAUGUCCUCCUUGAAUACAUCCAUCCAUCCUUUUCAUUCCUGGUAGCUCCAACCUCAGCAUCCUUGGACCACACAAUCACUGUUAAUCCCCUCAACGUGUCCAAACAAAGAAAGAAACCUAUUAUGUUCAGUUUUCAGUUUCUUGUUUCCUGUUUGUAAGAUGAUAACUGCAGGCAAACAUUGCCAAAAAAAUCAGUUAUUGAAUGUCUGAAUUAGUAAAGAUUUUUUGUACCAAUUCUUUCUGCUGUACUUCCUGUUAUUUACAAAUGGACUUGACGACAGUUAAAAUAUUGGUGAAAAAAAAAACUGAAUAUAAAUUGAGAAAUAGGAUUCUAAAAAUGUCCUGAACACCUGA